CCAAAAUAUGAGUCUAAGCUCCGAGCUUAAGGAUCUAGAGGAGUUGACGUCCAAUGCGAAGCAGAUACAAGAUGACAUGUUGGAUGAGAUACUAAGAGUUAACGCAAACACAGAGUAUCUUCGACGUUUUCUCCAUGGGAGCUUUGAUAAAGAACUUUUCAAGAAGAACGUACCGGUGGUGACUUAUGAAGAUGUUAAGCCUUAUAUCGAACGUGUCGCUAAUGGAGAACCUUCAGAUAUCAUUUCGGGCGAACCAAUUACUCAUUUCUUCCUAAGCUCUGGAACUACAGGAGGGAGACAAAAGAUCUUCCCUGUAAACAACAAGUACUAUGAGAAAACUAUAAUCGCCGAAAUUCUAAACUCCUCCAAUUUUUCCAAGUAUAUAAAUGGUUUCAAGGAAGGCAAGGUGAUAGCACUUCUUACCACUAGACCAUUAUCCAAAACUACCUCAGGUUUACCUGUUGGUCCUGCGAUUACGAGUUUAAUAAUGAGUGAUUAUUUCAAGAAACGGCUAUCAAAAGGUUAUACUAGCCCAGAUGAAGUCAUAUUGUGUGCCGACAACAAAGUAUGUACUGUCAUCUUCUUUGUGCUCUUGUCCAGAGAGAGGAGGUUAUGGGUAUGUUUGCUCCCUUUGCUUAUGUGUUAGUGCAAGCAAUCACAUUUCUUGAAACUCACUGGAAAGAAUUGUGUGGCAAUAUCCGAUCUGGUCAUGUAAGCGAGUGGGUCACCGAUCUCAGCUGUAGAAACUCGGUCUCUGCCAUACUUGGAGGGCCAAAUCUUGAACUAGCAGAUCAGAUUGAACGUGAAUGCAGCCAGAGAUCAUGGGAAGGUAUCAUCACAAGGCUAUGGCCCAACAUCAAAUUCAUUAAAUGCAUAGUUACAGGACAAAUGAGUCAAUACAUCCCAAUCCUGGAGGUCUACUCAAACAAAGUGCGUCUCAUCUCGCCGAGUUAUAUGUCUUCUGAAACAAUUUUUGGGAUAAAUGUAAAUCCUCUAUGCAGACCACAAGAUGUGUCUUAUACAUUUUUGCCCAACAUGUCCUACUUCGAGUUCCAAGAUGAAGGAAACGAUGAAGAAAUAGUUGAUCUUGUUAACGUCAAGCUAGGGUGCUUCUAUGAGCCCUUGGUCACAAAUCAUUAUGGGUUAUACAGAUAUAGAAUGGGAGAUAUUCUACAGGUGACUGGAUUUUACAAUAGAGCACCUCAGUUCAGAUUUGUACGCAGGAAAAAUAUUGUUUUAAGCUUACAAGUGGAGGCAACAACUGAAGAAGAUAUAUUAAAGGCGUUGAAUAAUGUGACAAUCGUUCUUGAGUCUUCAGGUUUAAUGUUGAUGGGAUUUACAUGCUAUUCUGAUAUCUCCAGUGCCCCAGGUCAUUAUGUUCUUUAUUGGGAGCUUAAAGCCAGAAACUUUGAUACCAUUGUCAAGCUUGAUAACAAGGUGAUGGUGGAAUGUUGCUGUGUAAUGGAGGAAUCCUUUAAUGCUCUUUAUCGAAUAUGUAGGAGAAGUUAUGAUGGAGACUCUAUCGGAGCUCUAGAAAUAAGGGUGGUGGAGCAAGGAACAUUCGAUUCUCUCAUGGAAUACUUCAUCUCACAGGGUGCUUCUGCAUCUCAAUAUAAGACUCCUAUAUGCAUCAACUCGCCUGAAGCUUUAGCAAUUCUUGAAAACAAACUUGUUACUCGGUUUUUCAGCGACAAAGCCCCAUCUCUCUGACCAGAGAGAUAAGGUCUAUUUGGAUCACGUUGACCCCCCACAAGAACUGGUGAGAGAUUGGUUUAUGAUUUGUGGUUUUGUGUGCAAGUGUGCGUGUAUUAUGUUAAACUUUCGAUCGUUUUGGUUGUUAAAUAAAUGAAGCAUAUUAAGACCUGAUCUGUAACCUAUUCUGUACAAAUAAAUGAAAUCAAAGUGUUUUGUUCACUAGAGUUUUUGUCUAUACAAAUUAG